UCUGUCGCGAGAGAGAGCGGGACGUGAGACCGCGUCAGUACAAAUAGUUUUUUUUCGUUUUAUGGCACGGGCAUCGUAAUAAUAAUAAUGCUGAUACAACACAAUACAAUACAAUACAGCAAUAUGUGUGCUUUGUCAGAAUAGUGAACUCAAAACCCAAAAUGAAAUACGAACAGUGAUAAAUAGAGCUCAUAUAAUACAACAAAUCCCCCACUCCCACAUGCAAAUUUUACGUUUUGACGAACAGAAGAAAAUAUCAAAUCAGCACAAAAGCAGCAACAGAACAGAACAUGAGUGUUUCGCGAGGUGGUGGCAAUAAUGGCAAUAGUAGCACAUCGUUAGAUUUAGCGCCGCUGCUCGAUGCUGGAGGCAAGGACAGCGAUGACAGCGAUAACGACUCCAAAUCCAAUGGCGCCCUGUUGAAUGUCGUCGCCAGUGGCGGAUCCAAGGAUCUGCGCAACAGUCACCGCGACCGGGAGCGGGACAGAGAGCGAGAGGAAGCUGAUGCCGCCAUAUUCUUUAAGAAGGUUGUCAGCGCUCUAUUCUACGGCGUUUCCUCAUUCAUGAUAACCGUGGUGAAUAAGACGGUAUUGACGUCAUACAAGUUCCCAUCGUUCCUAUUCCUCAGUUUGGGUCAACUCACGGCGAGCAUUGUGGUCCUCAGUGCUGGCAAGAAAUUAAAACUUGUCUCAUAUCCGCCACUACAACGGAAUACGUUUGCCAAGAUUUUUCCGCUGCCUCUCAUCUUUGGCUUCAACAUGAUCUUUGGCUUGGGGGGCACAAAGGCGCUAAGUUUACCCAUGUUUGCUGCGCUGCGACGUUUCUCCAUUCUGAUGACCAUGUUGCUGGAACUGAAGAUACUCGGUGUGCGGCCGACGACAGCGGUGCAGAUUAGCGUUUAUGCAAUGAUUGGAGGCGCUUUGAUAGCAGCCUCAGAUGAUCUGUCCUUCAAUAUGCACGGAUACACGUAUGUGAUGAUCACUAAUGCGCUGACGGCGUCUAAUGGAGUCUUCGUCAAGAAGAAACUGGACACCUCAGAGAUUGGAAAGUAUGGCCUGAUGUUCUACAACUCGUUGUUCAUGUUUCUGCCCGCUCUGAUGCUUAACUAUGUGACGGGCGAUCUGGCGAGUGCAAUUGCCUUUGAGAGCUGGAAUGAUCCGCAGUUUGUUGUGCAGUUUCUGCUCAGCUGCAUCAUGGGCUUCAUACUCUCCUACAGCACAAUACUCUGCACCCAAUUUAACUCGGCGUUGACCACCACAAUUGUUGGGUGCCUCAAGAACAUAUGCGUCACCUAUUUGGGCAUGUUUAUUGGAGGCGACUAUGUCUUCUCGUGGCUCAAUUGCAUCGGAAUUAACAUCAGUGUACUGGCGAGUCUCCUCUACACGUACGUCACAUUCCGGCGGAAGCAGGCGCCCGAUAAGCAAACCAAUUUGCCCAGCUCUCGCGGAGAGAACGUGUAAUCUCUACAAAAAGGAGCCGAGACGAGCCUUCUGCCAAAGCCAUAAAUGUUUUAUGUAUCUAUAUCAAUAGAGAAUCGGAUCAUCGAUAACGAAAGCGAGCGUGUAUUGUAAACUGUAAACUGUACAUAUGUAGUUAUGUAUUUUAUCAUAAUUCUAAUUAUUAUUAUCAUAAAUGCACUUGUAUAAUUUAUUCAUAAUUAUGAUAAUGUGUGUGUUCGCAUCAACUGUGUCAUAAGUUAAUGAACAUGAAUAACAUCCGUAGACCUCCUCCACAUACAUAGUAUAGAUAAUUGAAUUUAAAUAUAUAUUUACAAAAAUACGUAUGCUAAUGUGUGCAUGAUCAAUCUUUAUGCAUACUUUACUAUAUAAUAUGUAAAAAUGUGUAUAUGAUCUUUACACAUAAUUUACUACAUACUAUAUACUAUAUGUGAUCCACUUUUUGUGUUUUUCAAAAUUGAAUGAGAGCACUGAAAACUCGAUAAGAUUGUUGGGUCUCCGAUAAGAUCUUUGACGUGCACAGCAAAAGUUGUUGCUUGUUUUGGUGAAUUUAAUUGUCAAUUAUGCGACAACUUUUCGGCUUCUGGAAUCUGUUGAUUAUUUUUUAUAUAUUAAAUUGAAAUGUAAUUUAAUUCUAGCUUAUAUUAAAAAGAUUCAGAAAGUUAAACGGAAGUUUGCUUGCACCUAUAAUACAGCACUGAUAAGCCCAUUUGGUAAACGGUUUUAGUUAUCACUUGCUACAACUAUUACGCGCUUAUCUGAAUUUUGCAGCAAAGCCUUAUCUUGUUCAAAUUAAAUUUGAUUCGUGCCUGUAUACAGUUUCUAUAUAAUUAUGUACAUUUUAUUGCAAAGUAAUCUAAGAAAUUUGCACGUGUUCAUUGUUCAAAUUACUCAACAAAGAAGCCACAAAAAUAAAAAUAAUAAAAAUUGAAUAGGAA